AUGCUGUUGUGUCAUGGGUUGAUUUCAACAGCUCUUUUGGGAAGGACAAGUAGUUUGGCUUUAGUAUUCAAUUUGAGACUUCAUCAGUCACCUGGCAGUAGUAGGCCUAGGUCCCUCAUUGGCUGGCAGUCUUCACCGACACCUCCUCUGGAGAGUUUGGUAAAAGGAGGCCUCAUCCCGCUUAGAGAUCGCAACUAUAGUCAGAGUAGGAGUUCCCAUCCAUCAUCUCCGUCGAGGCCUCCUUUUACCUGCCAAUUACGCCAUGGAUGCAAAGACUCAGCGGGUAAACUAGGUUUUGGUAUUCCUUUUCGAGCUUCUAUUUCUUUCGUUAAAGGAGAUUCGAGAAAAGAUGGAAUAGGAAGACGUGUUUCGAGAACGAAUGAGAUACAGGUUGAUGAGAUGAAGUUAGCAAAGUUAGACAAGAUUGAAAUAGGCAUAGGAACAUUUAUUGAUCUACGAAAGCAGCUAAUGCUCCUAGGUUGA